AUGGCCAACAAGACCAAGCACUGGCCGCAGGUGGCCUUCCUGAUCGACACGUCGUACUCCAUGCACGGCGUCAUCAAGGGCAUGACGCGCAUGCAGCGCGUGAUGCAGACCGUCGCGGCCUGCCACGCAGACCUCCACAGGUCCGCGCUCUCCAUCCACACGUUCAGCAAGGUCUUGAAGGAGGAGCUGCCGCGCACCAACAAAGCCCAGGUCUCGAAUCAGAUGCUGCAGCAACUGACGGGGCGCCUGUCGCGCGCCACGGAGACGGGCGAGAGCACCGCCCUGUACGACAGCGUCGCCAACCUGAUCGGCUACUUGCGCCGCGCGGCGGGCCCGGGCAGCAACGGGCGAAGCAGGGUACUGCUCGCGGUCGUGACCGACGGGACCGACAACUGCUCGCGGCUCGGCGAGAAGGACAUGCUGCGGGCGCUGAGCGCCCCCGGGAUCGAUCUGGACGUGCUGUUCGUGAACGUGUUCUGCGAGGCGCUGCCGGUGGGCCUGCGGGGCGUGCCGGGCCUCAUGCUGUCGUCGUCCAGCGACACGCCGGGCUUCCUCAUGGCGAUGGACGAGAUCCGCGACUGCGUGCUGGCCUGGGUCCGGAACGUCGCGCCCCCGCCGUCGUCGCAGCUGCGCGCACCGCCCCGCAGUGCGCGUACGCGCCCGCGGCGCAGCGCCGCGACGGCCGCGGAGCCGCGGCAGCAGGCGCAGCAACCGAAGCCGACGACGUGGCGGGCCUUUUACAAGCACCUGCGCGACGCGUCCUGGCAGGAGCGGCCGUGCAAGGACCACCGCUUGUUCCAGCGCACGCUGCCCGACGGCACGCAGCAGAAGCUGACGGUGGCGGCGACGCCGUCGGACGUCCGGGCGCUCGAGAACACGCUGGCGAACGUUCGGAAGCUGGACCGGGAAGCCGAGGCCCGCGAGGCCAAGUCCAAGAGCGAUGCGACCGGCUGA